AUGGAAGAGUCAGCACCAGCGGAAAGCCAGGGCCAGCCAGCAAGCCCCAACCAUGGCUCACUGAGGAGGGCAGUGGCUGCUGCCCUGGCCCUGGAUGGGGAGUCCACAAUGGGCCGCAGGAAGAAGAAGAGGAAAGAGUCUCGCCCAGAGUCCAUCAUCAUCUACCGGUCAGAUAAUGAGAAGAUGGAUGAGGAGCCUGAAGAAUCAGAAGGUGGAGAUCGGCCUAAAGAGGAGGAGGGGGAGGAUUUCCUCGACUACCCCAUAGAUGAUGGUAUGUGGAACAUGCCUUUGGACAGCCGCUAUGUCACACUAACGGGGACCAUCACACGAGGGAAGAAAAAGGGUCAGAUGGUGGACAUCCAUGUCACUUUGACAGAGAAGGAGCUGCAAGAACUGACCAAACCCAAGGAGCUGUCAAGGGAAGCAGCCCCUGAGGGAAGAAGGGUCUGCCAGGUGGGGGCAGACCAGGGCCCACACGUGGUCCUCUGGACACUGGUCUGCCUACCUGUGGUCUUUGUCCUUUCUUUUGUCGUGUCUUUCUACUACGGCACUAUCACCUGGUACAAUAUCUUCCUUGUGUACAAUGAGGAGAGGACCUUCUGGCAUAAGAUUUCCUACUGUCCCUGCCUCAUUCUCCUCUAUCCAGUGCUCAUCAUGGCCAUGGCCUCUUCCCUGGGGCUCUAUGCCGCUGUGGUCCAGCUCUCAUGGUCCUGGGGAGCAUGGUGGCGAGCAGCCUGUGACAUGGAAAAAGGCUUUUGUGGCUGGCUUUGCAGCAAGCUGGGUCUGGAGGACUGUUCUCCCUACAGCAUUGUGGAGCUGCUGGAGUCUGACAAUAUCUCAGGCAAUCUCUCCAACAAGGACCCCAUCCAGGGAGUAGAAACCUCCUCUGUCUAA